AGCAGCAGCAGCAAAGGCACCGCACCCCGCGCGGCCCAGCGACGCCCCACCAGUCCCGCCGAAACCCUAGCACCAGCUUCACCAUCGUCGGCUCCGGCCCGCCCACCGACCACCCCUUCGCCGCCGGCAACGGCCCCUACGCCGUGCGCCUCGUCUCCCCCCGCUCCGCCGCCGCCAUGGAGGACGACGCCAUCACCACGCUCAUGGACAUCGACGCCGACUCCCCGCGCAGCGCCUUUCUCGACGACGACGACGACGGCGACCUGCUCCACUCCCACCGCAUGGGCGGGGGCGGCCGCCCCACCGAGGCGCGCGGCCCGCUCGCCUUCGCCGGCUUCUUCAACGCCUUCGACGCCGCCGACUUCGACGACGACGACAUCGCCUGAUCCGGCCGGUACUAAUUCGGGCUUCCCUUCCCAGGAGGUUGCUGCUGCUAUGUCGAUAUAUUGCUUUUAGUUACUAGGUUAUUAUUAUCGGUUAAGUGGAGACUCGUGGGGAUUGAUUCCAGCUACCACCGUACUACUACUGCUUUUGUUCUUGGAUAAUAUCGUGUUGCUUGGUUAAUUAUGCAAGGCCUUUGGACUUGAUUAGAAUCAUCUCGGCGAGUUUCGUUUGUUC